GGCCGGUGAACGUAGGAAGUGCGGGUCAAUAUGAAGUAUUUGUUAGUGCUUACAGGUUAUUUUAUACACAUUUUUGGACAUUUUACGUACGGAGAAGAAAUAAAUGCCGAUAAGGAAGAGCAGUCUGCCUCAAAUGCACAAGAGCAAUACCCCGAUGAAUCGUACCCGCCUUAUCAAAACCAACCAUUAGGUCAUUCCCGACCCUUUUAUUUCCAGCAGGAAGGGGCUUACAGCCAAAGAACCCAGCCACCUUACCAUCAGCAGCUCAACUACGAUUCUCCUUUGAGAUUUAAUGGCUUCAAGGACGAUUCUUUCAGACAGGCGUCUGCUGCUCCGGAUGAUUACGGAAUUUUGGGGUCGGGAAAUUUUGGUGUGAUUAAAGGAGGGACUUUUUACAAUGAUAACGAUCGGGACGCUUCUUCGAAUUAUGACGAUUUUAACUCAUACUUUCAUAAUGGCCACGGUAGACCUUCGUAUCACUAUGGUGGAGUACCAAAUCCACGGCCCUAUCAACACGAACAAUUCGACAAUUUUAAAGAUUUUGCUGAUAUAAAUACUCCAAAUGAGAAAAGAGAUUACUCGCAUUAUGUGGUGGUUUAUAUUAAUCAGAAUGAAACCAGAGAAGAUAACGGUAAUGCAGAUAAACCAAAACCAAAAAAUAUAAUAGAAAGUUUGGAACUUCUUGAUAAAGAAGCAAUACAUGAACAACAAGAUCAUGAAGAAAUUCCAAAGAUAAAACUAUCGUUAUCAAAACGAAAGCUGAGUAAACUUUUGCCAGAGAAGAAAGUAAGAUCUAAAAAAAUAUCAGCGAAAGACUAUGAUCCUUUAGUAGCGUUAAGUUAAAAUACAUUUAC